AUGGGAGAACGGUCAGCUCUACCGCCUCUCACGUUACCUCCCCCGGUUCAUCCAAUGGGCGCAGCACAAGUGGAGCCAUCUUCUGGACUCAACUCGCGAGCCACUGCAACAUCAACAUGGCAGACGAAUCCGACAACUUUCCAGUCACAAGCACAGCAAGAGCAGCACAGGAUGCAACAUCCACCUCAAGACCAGCAGGCUCGUAGCGUCGUCGUCCGGCCAAUCAGAAGCCAACGCCUGGUUGCCGUCUGCGCGGCUCGCACCCCCAAGUCCACCGAUGCCGCCCCCGCGCGUCGCCCCGCCUCCGCGCCGUUCCGCCUGCUCUCGGCGCCGGUGGCGGCGCUCCCGCUGGUGCUGGCGUUCGUGGAGGCGGAGCUGCCCAACGCCAUGGACACCUUCACGGCGCUCUCCGACUUCCACAUCACCGAGCCCGCCUUCAAGGCCUUCUACAUGAUCUUCACGUGCGUCUUCUGCUGGGGCGCGCUCGUCUUCGGCUCCAUGAACGACGAGUACUACGAGAGCGACGAGUACCGCAAUGCGGGCGGCAACGGCACCCAGUUCUGGAUCUACCAACGGACCGUGCCAUCAAACCCCCCUUCCCUCUCUGCUGCCCUCUCCUCUGCUGCCGUUCCACCCCCUGCCUUCCCCGCUGUCCUCCCCUGCCUUCCCCGCUGUCCUCCCCUGCCUUCCCCGCUGUCCUCCCCUGCCUUCCCCGCUGUCCUCCCCUGCCUUCCCCGCUGUCCUCCCCUGCCUUCCCCGCUAUCCUCCCCUGCCUUCCCCGCUGUCCUCCCCUGCCUUCCCCGCUGUCCUCCCCUGCCUUCCCCGCUGUCCUCCCCUGCCUUCCCCGCUGUCCUCCCCUGCCUUCCCCGCUGUCCUCCCCUGCCUUCCCCGCUGUCCUCCCCUGCCUUCCCCGCUGUCCUCCCCUGCCUUCCCCGCUGUCCUCCCCUGCCUUCCCCGCUGUCCUCCCCUGCCUUCCCCGCUGUCCUCCCCUGCCUUCCCCGCUGUCCUCCCCUGCCUUCCCCGCUGUCCUCCCCUGCCUUCCCCGCUGUCCUCCCCUGCCUUCCCCGCUGUCCUCCCCUGCCUUCCCCGCUGUCCUCCCCUGCCUUCCCCGCUGUCCUCCCCUGCCUUCCCCGCUGUCCUCCCCUGCCUUCCCCGCUGUCCUCCCCUGCCUUCCCCGCUGUCCUCCCCUGCCUUCCCCACUGUCCUCCCCUGCCCUCCCAUCAAAUGAUCUCUGCCCCUUUGCAGGCGGAGGAGGAGGAGGAGGGGGGCAGGGAGGAGCUGUGGAGGGAGGAGUUGAGGCGGGAGAUAGAGGAGAAGGUGACGGAGGUGAAGGGGCUCAAGGGGGCUGUGAGGGAGGAGGAGCUCGUUUGA